AAAAGUUGAUGUUUGUUGAUUUGAGGUUGAGGUUAUAAUCGAUCGUAAAUUAAUUUGUUUUAUUUAUAUCUUAGGGCGUUUUAUCACAUUUACCAUGAAUAGCCUAUUCUUGAAAUUGGGCAUUAACAGUGCGUCAGUUUCAAAGUCUCUAAUAAACAAUGUACACACCUGCUCAGCUUUAGCUGCUUGGACUAAACCAACAUUACCGAAAUCUUUUAUAAGUCACAACAACAAAAUUUACCCUCCCCAGGGUAUAGACGAAGAGCCUAGGCCUGCAUUUGUAUGUCACCAAAAGACCAACUUAAAGUACAGUCCUGAUAAGAUGUGGUACAUAGCCAGUAUGAUUCGCGGCAUGACAGUGGAUGAAGCUGUAAAGCAACUGAGUUUUCUGAAUAAAAAAGGAGCUUUAUAUGUUAAAGAGGCGGUACUAGAAGCUCAAGAUCUUGCAGUGAAAAGGCACAACGUUGAAUUUAAAAGCAACUUAUGGAUAGCUGAAUCAUUCUCGGGAAGUGGUCCCGUGAUAAAGGGAAUCCGUCGGCACGCGCGCGGCCGCAUGGGCGAGGUCCGCUACAAGUACUGCCACUACUUCGUGCGCCUCGAGGAGGGGAAGCCCCCGACCGACUUCUACAAACACAACCCACAGACACCCCCAGAACAACUCGAGACAUGGCUAGAGGGCAUGAGGAAAAGGAAAAUUACAAACUCAUAUUAGUUUCUUUGUUAUUGUUAAUUUUAUUCUUAGCUUAGUUGUAUAAAAGUAAUAAAUGUAUACUUACAUAAGACAUAA